GAUGCGGAUUGAAGCGCAAGAAGCCACGUUGACCGCACGCGAUGGACGUGGAAGCCGUAGACGCGUCGCCGCUGGCCGAGGUGCCAGUUGAAGACCCUCAAGUUGAAGAACCCGAGGCGCCUCCGCAACAACAGCCUUCCCCACCGCACUCCAAUGGCGGAGUGGACGUCGUGACGCAGCUACGCGCAUGGCAGGAACGCGGUGCCCGUAUUGAGCAGCUGUUGGCAAAAAAGAACGCUAAAAUGCAGGAAAUGGAGGAGACGGAGAACAAGUUAAAACGCUUGUUGGCGAUGGCUAAGCGCAGCAUUGACAAUAGCAAACAGGAACUGGCGGAGAAGGACGGCACGAUACAAAAGCUACAGGAGGAGCUGGUUAAGAGCCAACAGGCCAGACACUCUUGGUUUGUGGACGCAUCCACACGUGAUCCAAGACAAUUGCUGCACAAAGUGGCUCAUGGGAAUCUGCUCUGGUGCCUGGUGGAGUACGCGAACGAGAACGAUCUUGACGACUCGAAGGAGUUUGCGUGGCACUGUUUCCAUAGUGAAGAAGACAUCCAGACAUACGCGAGCCGUGCGACGGGAGAACCCCUGACAUUACCAGAUUUCUCCAUGACACCGUAUGAAGUGGAGCGUGUGAAAAAGAGUCUGAAGGAGGAGAUGGACCGUGUACAGGAGGAAUUUCGUCGCUAUCGAGUGCGCUCGGAGAUCACGCGAAAGCAGAAGGACGCAGAGAUCCGCAAGAUGAGUAUGAACGUGAUGGCGAAGCAGACAGAACAGAUAUCAGAGGCUGAUCUUUCUGGAGAGCUGCAGUCGUCAAAGGCGCAGAUCCGCCGGCUGACAAAGGCUCAAGCGGAAGCUGAGAAGCGGGAAUCCGACUGGCGACGGAAGUUUGAGAAGCUGAUGAAAGACUAUGAGAAGCUCAGCGGCACGAUGGGCGAAACGGUUCUAGCGAUGGAGUGGAGAGAGAGCGGUGGCGACAAUGGCAACGGAGACCUGCAGUCUCUGCGACAAGAGUUUGCGCAGUACCGAAAGCGUGCUCUGAAUGCCGUGGAGCAGAAGGAGAAAGAGUUGAACGACAUCCAAGCGCAGUACCUAGAAAACGGUGUUGGCAGCAGCGAUGCGAGCCGCACGAACACUUUCAAGGAAGUUCGCGUUCGUCGCAUGAGCAUGGAGUCCAAUAGCAGCCUGUCGGGAUUCGAAACGCCCAACGCCACCAAGACAAACGAGUACUUGAAGAAUAUAGUGUACAAGUACAUGGCCUCGGACCAGGACGAGGUAAGUCAAGUACACAACGUCGCUGUCGAGAUACCCUGA